UUUCAUAAUGAACAAAUGGUUUUUAUUAAAUUUUCUUAUUUUUGCGAAUAUAACAAUCGAAAGGCAAUACGUUAAUGCCAAUGCCGCCAUUAUAACCAGUGUCAAUUAUGCUUUUGAAACUUUUAGUCCUUACGCUCUGAUACGAUUUUUCGAAUUCAGUGAUAAGGAGUGGAAUAUAACGGAAAAAUGUUUUAGGGAUAUGUAUGUGUAUGUGAAUAGUUUGAGAAGUGGUGAAUACUGGGCCGUUAAAUUGUAUGAUGCUUCUAGUUAUUAUGCCGGUGCAGCUUUUUCCGGAACCUCAUUACGUUUACACAAUCCCAAUGUUUGUCGUCUUUUAUCGAAACAAUUUAAUGAGUAUUUUAAAGUUCCUCGUCAUCAUUCGGAGACUCUACUGUAUGUUUUGCCUUUUGAUGUUCAUCUUAUAUCGGGUCAUUUUCUAAUGGAAAUUGCCCAUGACAAUUUUUUUCGGUUUGAAAAAAUUCAACAAAUGAUUUGUUUUCCGAAAUCAUGCACCAAUACGGAUAUGGAGACAAUUUUAGAUGUUUAUCUCUUUCAAACAACAAUUUUCGUAAGAAAUAUAACAUAUUUAAGUCAUCGAAUUGUAACUGAUAAUUAUAAAAUCUAUGAAGAUUUCAACUUUUAUAUAUUGAUAAUUAUACUCUGUGGCUCAGUGUUAAUACAUCUGACAGUUUUUAUAGCCAGACACUAUAUUGUAGAACUUAAUCGUUCUACAUUAAGUGAGGAAUAUAUGAAAAAACAUGCUGUCGGUUCAUUUAAAGUCAAUAGUCUUAAAAAUGUUGCCGAAUGGAAAAAUACCUUAGAAGGUGUUGAUAUGAAACAAUUUACUAUGAGGCAUUUCGAAACAAAUAAAAAAGAAAGUCUGCCAAAAAUCCUAUCCAGACAGCAUUCCUAUUGUUUUGAAGAACUUUUAGACUACGUAUCACUACCCAAUGUGAUAUAUAAUUUAUUGCAGACUUCUUCCACUCCCCUAUGUGGCUUGAUUUUUAUGUUUUCUUUCUUUUUUAUCUGGUUACAUUUGGUGGCCGAAUAUAGUUUUAUGGCCAAUAACAUGGACUUGGAUUUGUCUAAUAACAAAGUAAAGCAACGUGUUGCUCUAAUCCAGCGUUCAGCUUAUAUAAUGGAUGCAUAUUUUCUGAUUAAUGGUGCUAAUUCAUCUUAUGAUUUCUUCAAGUCAUUACCAAAGGACAAGCUAAAUGUUUUUGAGCAAUUGAAACAUGUUUCUAAACUUGUAGUGAAAAAACUUUUUGGUUUAAUGCCUUCGUAUACAUUUGUGUUAUAUUCAGCUCAAGUGUUGGACAAAUAUUUUUAUCAUAAUGUUAUCUUGGAAUUACCUUCUCGAGAUUAUAAGAAUUGUGCGCAAAACAUGUUUAGUAACAUUUUCUAUAUGGACACAUAUUUUCCACCAACGGAAAGGUGUAUGCCUUGGACUUGGUUUAUAUCAUUGCAAGUACAAUUUUAUGUUACAUCAUGUUUACUAAUGCUACUUGUCGAGAUACAAUUGCGUUAUUCCAUCAUUAUAGGCACCACCAUAUUUUGCAUAUCAAUAGCGGCAGCCACAUUGUGGUCUCUGGGACCCAUCUAUGAGUAUGGUUAUACUACAUCUCUACUAUAUGAACUGGUGAAUUUCAAUUUGAUAUUGGAUAAUAUAUGUUUGUUUAUCAUUCCUCACCUACUGGGCAUUUGUUUGGGUCAUAUCAUUUACAAAAUGAAUCAUAACUUCAAUAUCAAUAUAUUUUUUGUGGUCUCAGGUUGGCUUUUCUCCAUUACUCUCAUAGCUUUUUAUAUAUUUGGUCUUAAUGUGAUUUUGCAUCAUGUUAGUAAGUUGACCAAAGCCAUCCUUAUUGUUACUACCCAUAUAAUUUGGUGUUGUAUUUUAUUUUGGACUAUUAUAUCAGCCAUGUCGAACCAUGGAGGAAAGAAAAAAUAA